CGUCUUAGCUGGACACUUCACUUGGACGAAGCCAAACUGGCAAGAUUACAAAGUCGAACAUCCUACUGUCGUUAGGCAUGUGAAACGUUUGCAGGAACUGGGUCUUAGAGAUCCUUGGGUGAGAAAUUAUGUCUGGGUUUAUUCGCCGCGCAUUUUCAAAACGCCUUGGCAAAUGUGCAAAAGUUGCUUUUUUAAUCGGCUGCCCCAUGGUUUUGCGAUCGCAGUAUUAUACACAAUUGGACAGUCAGCUUUUUUGAAGUGGUAUAAUGAGAAUGGGUAUGGCGAAGCUCACCUCUUCACUUGUCUCCAAGACCCGAAAAAUUUGGCGUCGUCCAUUAGUGAUCCGGUUUGGGAGUACUUGAAUGGUGGUCGAGAUGCUUCACCGCCGGGUGUGAUUCGAUUCCGAUGUUCCGGAGUGUCUGCGCUUCUCCCC